AUUUUCUUUACGGUGUGGAGAGAGAACCCAUAGAGUAAGGAGAACCCAACUGGAAGUACUGACUGAAGAAUCCAAUGGAUGACGAGGAAUUCGAGCCCCGGGUGGCAACGUUGAAGCAGGGGCAGAUCGAUGAAUUCUACGACAUCAAGGAACAGCUUGGAAAGGGCCGCUAUGGAACCGUGUACAGAUGCAUCGAAAAGGAGACUGGUCAGGAAUGGGCUGCGAAGUACAUCCGGGCAAUCAAGGCAACGGAUAAAGAGGCAGCACGUAAAGAGGUGGAGGUGAUGAAUCAAAUCAAACACCCGAAGCUGCUGCAGUGUGUGGAUGCAUUCGAGAUGUCCAAUCGGAUCGUGAUGGUCAUGGAGUACAUUUCCGGUGGCGAACUGUUUGAACGUGUCAUUGACGAUGACUUUGACCUGACCGAGAAGGAGGUAAUCUUGUAUAUGAGACAGAUUUGCGAAGGAGUGGAAUGCAUGCACAAAAGAAGCUACCUCCAUCUUGACCUGAAACCAGAGAACAUAAUGUGUGUGGAUAAAGUAGGAACAAGAAUCAAGUUAAUAGAUUUUGGAAUGGCAAGAAAGCUGAAUCCGGACGAGGCUGUUAAAGUGAUGUUCGGAACCCCGGAGUUUGUCGCUCCGGAGGUAGUCAACUAUGAAAGCAUCGGAUUCCCAACGGACAUGUGGAGCCUGGGAGUCAUCUGCUACGUUUUGUUGAGUGGUCUGUCUCCGUUCAUGGGUGACACGGACGCUGAGACCUUGACCAAUGUCACCAUGGGAGAAUGGGACUUCGAAGACGAGGCAUUCGACGAUGUCUCCGAUGAUGCGAAGGAUUUUAUCGCCAGAUUAUUGGUCAAGAAUAAAGACUCUCGUCGUACAAUUACUCAAUGUUUGGAACACCCAUGGCUCGCUAGGAAGACGUUGUCGAACCGCCAGAGUUUCAGGUUGCGAGGUGCUUCAGUCAGAUUAAAGCGGUAUAUGGCAAGACGUCGUUGGCAGAAAACAGCCACUGCAGUAAGAGCUAUUGGUCGUAUGACAGCCCUACGUCUGUUCAGCAAUCACAAGAAGUCCACCGGUCAAGAUCCACUUGUAGGCAGUGCGGGUAGCACCUCCUUGGCCGAUCUGCUGAAGGCAAAGCGUGAGGAAGACGCCCAGCGAGAGACUAAAGACACCGAGGACCCCACGCCUGCUGCUAACGGUAGUGAUGAGUCGGUUAUCGAUCUGAACGAUCGGGUUGAGCCGGUCAGCAAACCAGUCACACAGGUAGAUACACCGGAAAGCUAUCACGUAGAGGACUCUGCAGUGCCUCCCCGCAGAGUUAUUGAUACGGGCAUCAUCAGCAAACAGAUAGAUAACAACACCGAUGGGUUUACUAGUCCAAGCACAAACACAUCAGUGGACGGUUCGUCGACCAUAACAGACGGCGAGGCUCCCUUCUCAAACUACGGCAGUGAUCUCACGAGUUCUGAUCGAACCUCGGACUUCGCCGAGUACGACCGAACUUCUGAUCUGGGACUUGCUGAUUUCAACAGCCACACCUCAGACUCGGAAGACAUGGAUAUUGAUACUGACAACCCCGCCAAGGAUGUAACCGAGGCGGCCACCGCCAUACAGGCCGUGUUUCGUGGCCACCGGGCCCGCAAGCGUACCUACCAACCGCCAGCCAUUCUCGAGGACAUCCGCGACUGUGAUGUCUUCGAAGGCAGCGCGGCCAGGUUUGACUGUCGAAUCUCUGGAUUCCCAGAGCCUCAGGUAUACUGGUACAAAGAUGGCAAGGAGAUCAAAGAGGAUCGUCAUUACCGGAUUGAGUUUGAUGAGGUAGAUCUUUGCUCGCUGAUCAUACGGGAGGCAGAGGCCGAUGAUGAUGGAUUGUAUAAAUGCGAGGCAAGGAAUGCCGCAGGGACAGCCUUCAGCGAGGCUGAACUUCUAGUCGAAGUGCUUGACGAGGCGUCAGAUGCAGAAGACGAAAAAGCAACUUCUGAGAAAAGCAUUGGCGAGAGAGCGACAUCAGAGGGACGAGUCACCCCGGAGCCAACGCUGAAUCUACCGUCGGACAACACAGCCUGGAAGAACGCAGACCAGCACAAACCGGAGGAAGUUACACUGACCAACCACUUUGAGGUAUCAGCUGCUGCGAAGGAAACUACCUCUUCCAGUCGAUCUGAUUUGGAUUCCGGUGGGGAAAAAAGCUCCAGCGACUGGACGCCUAGAUCGUCACCGUGUACGAGCGCAGGAGUCAGCCCAAGCUCGUCCUUGCUCGAGUUGGACUCGUGGCACAAACGGGGACGAAUCACUAGUACAGAUACCCAACCCAUCAAAAACACAGCAGGUAGUCCGGGCAGAUUGUCGGAACGGAUUUCACGGUACGACGAUCGUAAUAAAGGUCCGAAACAGAACGUGAACAGCAUCGGCUAUAAUUCACCGCCACUCGGCGUCCAUACAAGGGGGUCGUCAUCGCCAGGGAAUAGUGCUGUAGCCGGAACCAGUGACAAGCCAUCAUACGUUACCCAAGCCGCCGCCGAGAGACCGUCUAGGUCUCGCAUUGCGGAACUUGAAUCCAAGCGAAAACCAGUCAGAUCUUCCAGCGAACCCCCGCCGGAGUUCCAGAACAAGCGUGAGCUAAUCCUCAAUCGAGCUUCUAAAUUCGAACAGAGUAAAAACUACAGCAGCUAUAAAGGCAGCAGCAACAAUAAGACUCGGGAGGUGUAUGAGUCCUCGUAUAGUAAACUAUUGAAGAAUUCACGCACUCCCUCAGGCGUCGGAGGAUCAAAUACUAGGCCAUUGAAGCCCCAAUUCGCUACAAAGAUCUCGGUUUUCUCAGGAACUGGGUCCAACGGGAAACCUGAUGGUCAAACCAACAUCGAACCUAAACAGGACAGGAAAUUCUACGGUGGUAGGGAGAUCAAAGUGAAGUCUUUGCCCAAGGUGGUCGUGUCGAGAGAGGCGUCCAUAUUAAAAGCGCGACCCAUUGAGUCAAUUAGGGUCAAACACGACAAGACGAACGGUCGACUGUCGAGCGACGACUCGUUGACCGACAACGAGAAGUCGACAGCGUCUUCCGGGAAUCACGAGGUAAAGAAGACUUAUCUUACGGAGAAAACCUUUGAGCUCAUCGGGGACAGGGCACUGAACUCUCGCCAACCAGGAUCCGUCCUCGCCUGGAAAAUUGAAAAGUUUGCGAAGGGUACCCCUCUGAAAAGUCACACUGCUGUCGAGGAUGAACCGCGUGUAACGAGUCGGCAGACAACUAGAACGUGGAACCCGAACAACGACAAGAAUCAUCGACGGGCACAGUCUGUUGACAGAGCUCUGUAUCCGGGACAAGGUGCUAACUCUCUCGCUUCCAAAAUCCAGAAAUUCUCAAAGAAUCAGUCCUCACAGGAGUCUAAUAAAGUGAAACUAAAAACAUAUGAGUUGAAAUCGAGUUCGGUUCGAUAUGAAAUGCAAAGGGGAAAAAAUGUGGAUGUAAAUUAUUCCAGGAAACCUGAACGGUCGCCCGAGCGACAAGUUUCCCCGAAGGUGAAAACGACCUCAAUCGAGACUGGUGACAAGACUAGUGACAAGGUACCAGGCGACAAGGGUGUAAAAAUAGAAAAGACCACAGAAAGAGUGGUGAGCUCCCAGCGUGCGACUGAGUCUGUACUCAAUUCAACUAAAGACAAGACUGACAUUCCUAUUCCAGCGGGGAGUCGCCAUAUAGAAAAGGUAAUUGAGGUAACUAAGGCACCAGUUGUCUGCACUCCCCCUUCGGCAAAUGAUCGUCAGAUUGCAACCGAAGAAAAAAGUAACAGUGAUCGUUCGUAUCCUUCGAGUGUAAAAACGAGCGAGGUUGAUGGAUCUGUGAAGAGUUCAUCAUCGAAUGAUUUAUUUAUUGAGGCAUCUACCGUGACGAGCUCAGUGUCAACAAUCACGAAGACGACCCCGGGAGGUGAGCCAAAGGAAACAACGGCCGCGGCGAAACCAAAAGCGAGCGCUGCUGCCAUGAAUCGUCGCGGAGUCACACCGGGAGGGAUCGGCAAACUCACGGCUCGGUUUGAGAGCAACAAACCCGAACCGGCGAAAUCAUCGACGGUACGGCGAGAGCCUUUUAUCCGGUCGAGUCUUAGCGAUAAGAAACAACUUUUCGACGGUUCGGCUGCCAAACCUAAAACCAAUGGAAAUAGUAGUUUGAACUACCGUGAUAUCCUCAAACCUGCUUCGAAAACGAAAAAUGCUACCACGCUGGAUGCAGGGAAACCUUUAGCGGAUAAGAACACUUCCUCGGGUAGGCUUGGGGCAUCCCCUUCACCCUUGUCGUCCCGUUACCAGGUGAAGCCGUCUGUCGACGAAAAAGCCCCCUCUUUCAUACAACGGCCACGGGACCAAACGGGUAUUCAAGGCGGGUCUUUAUACUUUGCUGUGUCGGUGGAAGGAACUCCAACCCCGGACAUAUCUUGGCACUACAAAGGGAAGUCUCUUAAAGACGAGGGUCGAUGUGAGAUUUACACGGAGAAAGAUGUUCAUUUCUUGGAGAUAUUUGAGUUGGAGCCCAGUGAUGCUGGAAUCUAUACAUGCCGUUUGGUGAACAAAGCUGGACGAGUCUCCGCCAUGGCAGAGCUCAAAGUCACAGAAAAACCGAAACCAGCUGUCGUGUCGGGACAGGCUCCAUCUUUCAUUACGAGGAUCUCCGAUUGCGAGUUGUGUGACGGCGAGGAGGCCCUCUUCGAAUGUAAAGUUUCAGGCGACCCCUUUCCCGAGAUAUCCUGGAUCAUGGACGGGAAGUUAGUGCAGGAGGGCCCACGUCAUCGAUUCGUGUGCAAGUCAGACGGUACAUGCGCACUGAUCGUCACUGACGUCACGGCGGACGACGAUGCCGUGUACACGUGCACUGCCAAGAACGCAUUGGGUAUGGUGUCAAGCACUGCAGAGCUGAUUGUAGAAUUCGAAGAAAUUCCGAAGCCUGAGGAACCAAAGAUUGAGAUAAAAACCCAAAUCUCAACAGCCAAAGUACAACCCAAAGAACCCCUCCUCAGAGAUGAACUUCGCUCUGAAUCCAAGGAAGAGAGAAGAAAGAUCCAACCUUCCAGUGAGUUGAGCAAGGAAAACAAUAAGACUGGAAGCACCACAACGGAUGAACCAGACAGUAUUGUCAAGACCCAGCAAGAUGAGGUGUUCUCAGAAGCGCCCCUCAAUUACCAGCAUCAGCCUCGCCGGUCCUCCCUGCAGUCCACCGGGAUGCCGGUCCCCAAGCCCCCAGAGUUUAUCUUGCGUCCACGCUCGCAUCACAUCACCCCGCCGGAGACAGCUCGACUCUCCUGCAUGGUCAAGGGAUACCCCACUCCGUCCGUGACAUGGAAGAAAAACACCAUGGUCUUAAAAGACGAAGGGAGAUUUGAGAUUUUCAAGGAUGGUGGAGAGGAGAUCUUAGAGAUUUAUGACACGGUAGAGGAGGAUGCUGGACGAUACACGUGUGUCUUAGCUAAUGAGCAUGGCAAGACUACAUCGAGUGCUAACAUUGCUCUUCGUGGCAAAAUAACAAGAGACAUACCGCCGAAAUUCACUCAGCGGAUGACGCAUUCCCGGACCAAGGACGGCGGCACUGCCAGAUUCUCAUGCCGUGUCACAGGCGAGCCAGCCCCGACAAUACAGUGGCUGUUUCUCGGCAAGGAGAUUUCACCGGACGAUGACAUCUACGAGAUUGCAUUUGAUGGCGAGAAAGCUACACUGGUGUUACCGGAGGUUCUACCGGAAGACGAAGGGGAGUACGAGUGCAUUGCACGUAACAGGGACGGAGAGGUGUCUUGCAGAGCAAGGCUAAGCGUUGAGAUUGCACUUACUGAACCCAGUGAACCUGUCGAGCAUGUUGCGACCGUUGCACCUGCUGGACAAGUUCAACAACUAAAGAAGAAAGGACCUUGGGAGCUGGAACGAAAGACAUCCAGGACGGAAAUAUUCCUCCAAGCUUCUGCUCCCGAAGCUUCCUCUGACUCUGAGGACGAGUCGUCAUCAGCUUUGUCCAAGCGAGAUGAGAAAGUCCUGAGUGCCACAAAAGACUUGACAUCAAAGCAAGAUUUAGUUGUUGAAAAGAGUCCAAAAUACAAGGUGGAAGUCGUGGAGAACCAAGAAGAAAAGUCCAAGCCUUAUGGAUUCCACAAUAAGGAGUCGGAUGUAUCUGUCGUCUUCAAAGCAAAACUGCCGAAAGAUCGCGUCGAAGUCCCACUUGAGAGACGCCCUGUAGAACCCAAAACAAUAACCGUAGAAUCUACAAAAACAGAAACACUGCCAGCGUUGGAACUAAAGCUCGACCUAGAGUCAGAAUCCGAAUCUGAACCAGAACAGAGUGUAGGGAAAGUGGAACCACUCCAAGUGAAACAUGAAGAACCGGAAAUUGAAAAUCUUGUCUCGACGACGAGCGAUGUAAGUGAGACCGAACCCGAAGCAGAUAUUGUUCCCGAGAUCGUCGCAUCCGACGGGGAGAUCGUGGCAUCCGACCCCGAGAUCAUCACAUCCGACCCCGAGAGUGUUAACCAAGAACCGCCUCCGGACAACGGGGUUAUCGAACUUGUUAUUUCUGACGUGGAAUCAGAACCUGAAGUUAAGACGGAGACCAAAGAACUUGAAGAGGCUUCGCCGCCUGUGGCUGUGGCCCAGACCAAACCAGAAUUCUUACAGACGCCGAGUGAUGUCGAAGUCAUUGAUGGGAGUCCUUUGGCACUUACAGUCAAAGUUAAAGGAACCCCUGCACCAGACGUGAUGUGGAUCUUCGAUAACUGUGAGAUCUUAGAAGAUGAUGAUUUCAAACUCCUCCACGAUGGUGAGCUUCAUUCUCUGGUUAUCCGUGAGGUAUACCCAGAGGAUGCGGGUAUCUACUACUGCAAGGCAUUCAAUACUGCUGGGGAGGAACAGUGCGCUGCUAAGAUAGACGUAAAAGAUCCAGUAUGCCAAGGUUCCCCUCCUAAGUUCACACAGAAGCCACGCUCGCUCACCGUGGACGAAGGGAGCAGCCUCAAGCUCACCUGCAAGGUCGAGGGCGAUCCGGAGCCCGCCAUCUCGUGGUCUAAAGACGGUCGGAUCAUCUCGCCUGGCCAGCGUAUCGUCUUGAAGAAGCUCGGACUCCACCUAAGGAUUCUUCAGAUACCCACUGCGUUGUCCACAGACGCUGGGUCUUAUACAUGUCUAAUUGCUAAUGCGAAUGGGGAGGAGAAGUGUACUGUGUCUGUAGUGGUGCAUCCAUUGGACGAAGAGCAGACGGAUUUCAGACAACUAUUAAAGUCGAGACCUCGGCUUCAGAACAUUAACAAUAACAACACCUUCAAUAGCAGCACCGACAAAAGCUCCCCAGAAUCCGACCCGACCCAGCUUGACUUCCGUCACGUGCUCACGCGUCACGUACAGACCAAGACGUCACCAAAGUUCACCGAGGGGUUAAAGGACAUGCGCAUCAAGGAGGGGGAGACGGCGGUUUUCCACUGCCAGGUUGAAGGGGUGCCGCAGCCGACCGUUGCGUGGACGGUGGACGGCAGAGAGAUCAAAGAAUCAAAAUAUUUCAAAAUGACAAAUGAGGGUACACUAGCCAAGUUGACCAUAACGGAAGCUUUUCCCGAGGACGAGGGUGAAUAUUCAUGCAUUGCAUCCAACACAGCUGGCCAGGAUAAAACUACAUCAGACCUCAAGAUCGUUCUUUGGGAAGAUGACGAUGAUGUCGAUUUCGCCAAGCCCAGUGAAAAACGUGACAACAUGGAUGAAGUCUUCAAGCGCUCCCUGACAAUCUCCGAAGACGAUGACGCCGACAUCGACAUCCCAGCUUCGGGCACCCCAGCCAUCACCGUCACCGAAGCCUCCCCUAAGAAAGUCAAGAAAAUCCCUCCACCAGUUCCCGCCAAAAAGAUAUCCCUGGAACGCGCUCGAGCGCCCUCUUUUGACCACGCUGAAAACAAUCAGAAUUCCGAAACGGUCAGCACAGGUACUACACUCCCACAGUUUGUUGUUGGACUCAGCGAUAAGAGGAUCACAAAGGGAAGUGCUACGGUGCUGGAGUGCGAAAUCACCGGUGAACCUGAGCCAGAUAUCGUCUGGUACCGGGAGGGUGAGGAGAUCAAGGAAGGCGGCAAGUACCGAUACGAAUUUGAGGGUGACCACGGUGUAUUGCUGGUCAUCAAUAAUGCUACGAUGAGCGACUGUGGACAGUACACAUGCAAGGCCGUCAACCCGGUGGGGUCGGCGGAGAGCUCGGCUCAACUGAUCAGUGGUGGAGUGCCGGCCAAAAUCGAGUCAGGCCCCAAGAGCAUCGAGGUCAUCUCGGGUCAGACAGCCAGGAUCUCCUGCGAGAUUGCCGGCAGCCCAAACCCAGAAGUCACGUGGAGUAAGUACAGGAAGGAGGUUGAGGAGAGCGAUCGGAAACAAAUGGACGCGACGGAAAGUUCGGCAACCUUGACAAUCCGUCAGGCGAGUGAAGAGGAUGCCGGGAGAUAUACGAUCAACGUGUGCAAUGAGUUUGGGAUGGAUAGCUUUGAAAUAUCAGUCAGUGUAGUAGAUAAACCAGACCCACCCUCCGGGAAUCCAACAGCUUCUGACGUCACCAGUACCUCGUUGACCCUGUCAUGGUCGGUCGUCUCGUACGACGGUGGCAGCCGCAUCAUUGGUUACGUCAUCGAGAUGUGUCGUGCAGACGAUGACAACAAGUGGCAACCUCUGACCUCAACCACCCACACGUCACACGUCAUCACUGACCUGCAACCGGAAGUGGAGUAUCUGUUCCGGGUCAGUGCAGAGAACGUGCACGGUAUCAGCGAGCCGAGCCAAGUGUCGGACCCGGUGCUGACUGUUGACGAAGCCCCGCGUGUGAAAGAGGAGAAGCAUAGUGGCGAGUCUGAUGAUGACAUUGACGAAUUUAUCGUACACGGUGACGUCACGAUACGAACUGACAAGGAGGUCGGCGACCUUUACAACAUCAAGGAACAAGUUGGCAAAGGGCGUUUCGGCGUUGUGUACCGCUGCAUUGAGAAAGCAACCGGCAAGACGUUUGCCGCCAAAUUCAUCAAGACGAAACCGUCCGAUCGAGAGUCUGUGCGAUCCGAAAUCCGGAUCAUGAACGAACUGCACCAUCCAAAGCUGCUACAGUGUGUAGAUGCCUUUGAAGUACCCAAGCAAAUCAUUAUGGUCAUGGAAUUCAUUGCUGGUGGUGAACUCUUCGAGCGUGUCAUCGACGACGACUUCGUCCUAACCGAGAAGGACGCCAUUAAAUUCAUGCGUCAAAUCUGCGCAGGCGUUCACUACAUGCACGACCAGAACAUUCUCCACCUCGAUCUCAAACCUGAGAACGUGAUGUGUGUGGACACACACGGCUGCCGUAUCAAGCUGAUCGACUUCGGCCUGGCCCGGAAGUUCGACCCGACCAAGAACACAAAGGUCAUGUUUGGCACACCGGAGUUUGUUGCACCGGAAGUGAUUAACUACGAACUGAUUGGCUAUGCAACCGACUUGUGGAGUAUUGGCGUUAUCUGUUACAUUUUGUUGAGUGGACUGUCUCCGUUCAUGGGAGACAACGACGCAGAGACCCUCAGUAACGUCACGCUGGCCGAGUGGGACUUCGACGAUGAGGCUUUCGACGAUAUCUCAGAAGAAUCUAAAGAUUUCAUUGAAAAACUACUCAUCAAGAGAAAGGAAAAGCGAAUGGAGGUGACUGAAUGUCUUCAACACACUUGGCUUAACAAAGAUAUUAAGACAAUGAAAGCAACACAGCUGUCUACAGCCAAACUCAAGAAGUUUGUGGCUAGACGCAGGUGGCAGAAAACUACCACUGCAGUUAGGGCAAUAGGUCGCAUGGCUUCCCUAACGAUGUUCGCUGGACUGAAAAAAUCAGGCGACCAAGCUGGGGCUGCAAUGCGUCCCGGUUCACCCACACAUAGUCUCCUUAAGACAGCACUCAGGAAAGAAGCUGAAGACACCAAGAAAACCUCCCGUGUUCUUCACCUUGAGGAAGACGAGAACAAUGGUGACUGUAGGGCAGAACGGGAGAACGAUGAUUUGCCUGUGAGAACUGAUGCAAACGGUGGUAGUGCUAACACGGACAAAACUCUAAGUGGAGGUUUUCAAGCUAAACAGACAAUUGAUGAUGUGAGAAAGGGAGUAAGUAGGGAUCGUGGAAUAGCAGAGCGUCUUAAAGACUCUAGUGACAAUGAGGAGCAAUUGCCUAGCGAUCGCGAAGAGAAAUCACGGAGUGCGGUCAACGGUUUCGUUAAUAAUCAGGACAAAGUAGACUCCGAGUCGUCCUCGAGCAGGAUGCAAGCAGACGAUUCGCCUGACGUUGCUAGGCGCAGUUUCCCGCCAAAAUUCAGCAAGGAUAUCAUCGACGCUAUGGUGUUCGAAGGAGACUGUGCACGUUUCGACUGUCACAUCGAAGGGGAACCGGAACCGGAAAUCACGUGGUACCAGGACGACGAGGAACUCGACGAGAGCAGUCGGUUUCUGAUGGAGUUUGACAGUGAUGGCGUUUGUAGUCUUAUAAUCAAGAACGUCAUCGAGGACGACGAUGCAGAGUACAUGGUUAAAGCGGUAAAUACGGCUGGAGAAGCGUCUAGCGUAGCCGAGCUCAUCGUACACGUCCCGGGUGCCCAAUGAUUCUAGUCCUGUUGAACAAUCCGUCAUAUACAUCCUCCAGUUUUAAUUAGUCUUCCUGCAGCAGCUACACAGCCGUGCAUCUCAACGGGCCAUCAACACCGCCACCUAUUUCGACGGCAUCAUUGCAUGCCCAUCUGGAUGUAAAUUCGUGGGUUUUCAGUGCUUUCUGUGGCCGUUAGCCUUUUUGAGUUAUGGCGUACACUAUAUAGGUGUGCACUGUUUGGUUUGGGUGUACAUGUAUACAGACAAAUUUGCCCAAAGCUAAUAGUGUCCAACAGUAUUGUGUCCACCAUACAUCAUAAUGUUGUUUUGCACCGUCUGCAAUGUUGUCUGCUAUACCCGGUAAACCCGGUAUAUAUAUAUUUAACUUAGUGCCUACUUAUUGUGUUGUAACAAUACUGUAAUAUGACAACAAAUGUAAACUUACCAUAAAAACUGAUUUAUAAGUUCCAUGAUUAACAUUAGACAAGUUGAUUGGUCGUGAUCCCAAGUGCACCGCACUGUUUCUUCUUCUUCUACAUUACAUAAUAGAAAAAUGUGUCAAGUUCUUUUUUUUUUGGGGGGGGGGGGGAUGGGGGAGGCAACCACUUGCAGCUCUUUCGACAACUACUCUCAGAAGCCCCAAAAUCUCUGUAUAUGCACUAGUGGUAAUAUAGAAACUGCAAAACAUUAUGCAAAUCAUUAUUGUUUAUUCCCCAAAAGGCUGAAUAAAUAACAAUGUAAUAUUUAAACAUAGAAACUCUCCUUUGAGAUGACCCUUUUCCGAAUAAUUCAGACUGUAAAUAUUAGUCAAGUGUAUUAUAGUGGUUUUUUUUUUAUAAUUACAAAUACUUUGAAUAUUGUAGUUAAACAAGACUUUAAAAAAAAUAUGUUCAGUUUAUGAUAUCCUAUAUAUGGUGAGACUCUCCUUUCAAGUUGGCUUCAUACUUUAUGGAAUUUUUUUUUAAAUAUAAUUCUUGUCAACGAGUUCGGUGCUGUCCUUUCAAUUUCUGCAUUUAUAUUGCGCAUUAAUAUUUAUAAGGAAUAAUAAAUAACCAAAAGAAAGAGAAUUAUUAUAACGUGAGGUCAACCAGAUGUUACAAAUCUGGUGUGAUUCCGGAACGGUUAAAGCCAUUGGACCCAUUCGGUACAGAAAAAAAAAAAAAGUUCACAGAUUUACAAAUAACUUACAGGG